AAUCACCACCUCCUCUCAAUCUCUUCUCCACAAUCAUCAUCGUCGUCAUCAUCAUCAUCAUCUUCUUCUUCUUCUUAAAGUUGUUGAAUUGUCUCUUGAUGGAAAGAUUAGAGCAUCUGGGUGUUAAUUUGUCAGAUGGAUUGGAGGAGGAGCUUGUCCGGGAGCUUCUUUAUGAUAACGAAUCUCCUUUCUUUAUACUGCCUGAAAAAAUUGAACCCAAACCAUGCAUAUCGCCAGAGCCCAUAAGAAACCAGCUCAUCUCCAACGUCUACUCUGGGCCGACGAUUGAAGAUAUCGAGGGUGCACUGUCCUCAACGGAUCGGAACAGUGAAUCUGACUACCACCGUAGCAUGUCACAAGCCAGAAUCUCAAUAUUGGAGAAGGGGUUGAGUAAGAUUGAGAAUAAGUACACUCUGAGAAUUAAGAGCUGUGCAAAUGGAUUGGCGGAUGACGGCUAUAAGUGGAGGAAGUAUGGGCAGAAAUCCAUCAAGAACAACCCAAAUCCCAGGAGUUACUAUAGGUGCACAAACCCCAGGUGCAGUGCAAAGAAGCAGGUGGAGAGGUCAAGCGAAGACCCAGACACACUUGUGAUAACCUAUGAAGGCCUCCAUCUCCAUUUUGCCUACUCACAUUUCCUCCCAACCCCAUCUUACCAGGCUUACCAACCUGUGAAAAAGCCCAAAAAGGACACACCACAGAUCCAGGCCCAUCCAAUCCAACAAAGCCAUGAUGUUCUAGCCCAGGAAAGCUCACCAACUGUGUAUCCUGCCCCUCCAAGCCCAUUUGGUUGUGAGGUUCAGCAAGAAUUGGUAGAAGGAGAUGUGAGCCGACAAGGGUUGCUCGAAGAUAUGGUGCCAUUGAAGAUCAGGAAUCCAUGGAACAAUAAUAAUGUCCUUUCGAGUUCUUGUAACUUACCUUCUUCACCUUCUUCUUCCUCUUCCACACUUUCUUGGUCUCCCAACUAUCCUUCUUUUAUUGAUGUUGGCAUUAUUUCUAGUAUGAUGUGAGAUGCAUAAAUA